AUGGAACUGCAAGGAUUUCUGAAAUGUCUGAUUUUCAUCUACUCACUUUUGAUAACACACGCUUUGACACCUCAAUGGGAUUCACGUAUUAUCAAUGGCACCGAAGUGACUUGGAAUAAUACCCGAUAUCAAGUGUCGAUUCGUAUGAAGGUUCUGGAUAGAGUAUUCUUUGGAAUUGGUCAUGUGUGUGGUGGUAGUUUAAUAGGAGGUAAUGACAAUCAGCAAAAAUUCCAUUCACCUCAGGACUAUUCCAUUGUAAUGGGUAAUUUGGAUCGUACAAAGAAAGAUGGUAAUACAUUACAAUUAUCAGUCAAGGAUAUAAUUGUGGGACCCAAUUUUGAUCCCGAAACAUUCGAAGAUGAUAUUACAAUUAUGAUUUUAAACCAAACCGUACCCAGUAAUUACCGAGGAGCAUCACUAAUUGAAUUGAAUGAAAAUGCAAAUUUAACGGCGGGUACCAAGUGUACCGUCAGUGGAUGGGGUCUAACAGAGAAGGGCUAUUAUGCUCAAACUCUACGUUUAGUCGAAGUGCCCCUUAUCAGCCAUUCCGUGUGCUCCGAACAUUAUGGAGACGAAAGUCUAACUGCAGGUAUGUUAUGUGCCGGUUAUAUGUCUGGAGGACGUGACGCCUGUUCUGCUGACUCAGGUGGCCCUUUGGUUUGCGAUGACACACUUGUGGGUAUUGUUUCGUUUGGUGUUGGUUGUGCCAAGCCUGGCUUUCCGGGCGUAUAUACCAAUGUUGCCUACUACAUUGAUUGGAUACGUAAUAAAACUGGUUCCAAAUUACAACAUGUCGAUGAUUUAUCUCCAAUUAAUGCAUAUUUUAAUUAUACAAUUAUACCGUAUGCCAAAAAUUCCACAGGUGGUUCAAAUUCCACACAUGAAGGCAAGGAUUGA